GUGGGAACAGGUAAGGCCUUUCAACAGCUCCUCCCCCCCCCCUCUGCUCUCUCUCUCAGUCAACCGUACGACGAUACUCCGACGAGGUACAGACCUCAAACUUGAAUCUCUGAACACGGUGACGUAUCGGCUGGAUCAAAUCGUACACCAGAUUUAUAAUUUGCACCCGUAUACAUUUGUGUGUUCUAUAAAGACGUGUCCGGAAACCGCAAUUGUUGCAGCGUUUGUUGUGUUCCUCAUGCUUGGUGACUUAUAUGAAUCGUCAUUCACUUCAUAGACAAAUUAACUCUUGAAAUCCAUUGGAGCGGGGUUAGUAUACACAUGACAAUUCACAAUUCAAGAUUGAAAGGUGAUGCCAUGUCAUUGAUGACCUCACAAUGUCAUUUCGGAUGCUUUGCUGAUACUUGAACUCCCCCACAAUUCCAGCCUCCGACCUUCCUCGCUGAUCUCUCAAGGAGCACACAGCAUUUUUUUUGGCGAUCUCCCUUGAAUAAAAGUGCACAAUAUGGCUGCUUCAGAAGAGAACAGUGCGCUCUUUCCAAUCUUCAUCUUGACAAUAAUGGCUCUGCCAUUGGUACCUUACACGAUUCACAGGUUAUGUCGUGCAGCCUCCAAAAAGACGAAGAGCAUCCACUGCCCAUGUGCAGUUUGUUUACGCUCUGGCAAGUACCGUAAAUCCAUAUUUAAACGUAUAUCAAACUUCUCAACGUAUAGCAACAUAACGGUUGUGCUGCUUUGGAUUGUCAUGGUUGGCUUGGUUUACUACAUAAAACAUGUUAACCAUGAGGUCCAAGUGUUUGAGCCGUUCAGUAUUCUUGGGUUAGAACCUGGAGCUUCAGAUUCAGAAAUAAGGAAGGCAUUCCGGAAACUUUCCAUCCUAUACCAUCCUGAUAAAAAUCCAGAUCCAGAGGCCCACAAAUAUUUUGUGGAAUACAUAUCGAAGGCUCAUCAGGCUCUGACAGAUCCAAUAUCACGGGAGAACUUUGAGAAAUAUGGACAUCCAGAUGGCAGGCAGGGGCUUCAAAUGGGAAUAGCACUUCCUCAGUUUCUGCUGAACAUUGAUGGAGCAUCCGGCGGCGUACUAUUACUUGGGAUUGUUGGAGUCUGUAUUCUUUUGCCCUUGAUUAUGGCUGUUAUAUAUUUGUCAAGGUCUUCAAAAUAUAGUGGAAAUUACGUCAUGCAUCACACGGUGAAAACAUAUUACUACUUCAUGAAGCCUUCCUUAGCCCCGAGCAAAGUUAUGGAUGUUUUCAUAAAGGCUGCUGAAUACUUGGAGAUUCCUGUUCGUCGGAGCGAUGAGGAACCCCUUCAGAAGCUGUUUUUGUUGGUCAGGAGUGAGUUGAAUUUGGACCUUAAAAACAUAAAGCAAGAACAAGCCAAGUUUUGGAAGCAACACCCUCCCCUAGUAAAGGCAGAAUUGUUGAUUCAAGCCCAAUUGACACGUGAGUCAGGAGAAUUAUCUCCAGCUUUGCUACGUGAUUUGAGGCGAAUGCUUGAACUUGCACCUCGCCUUCUUGAAGAACUAAUGAAGAUGGCAAUCAUACCACACACUUCACAAGGACAUGGAUGGCUGAGGCCAGCAAUCGGGGUGGUUGAGCUUUCUCAAAGUAUUGUUCAGGCUGUUCCGCUCAGUGCACGAAAAGCAUCUGGAGGGUCCACUGAAGGAGUUGCUCCCUUCCUACAGUUGCCACACUUCAGUGAGGCCGUUGUCAAGAAGAUUGCGCGAAAGAAAGUGCGGUCAUUUGAAGACCUUCGAGACAUGACCCCACAGGGGCGUGCCGAUUUCUUGACUCAGGUCGCCGGUUUCUCUCCUGCUGAAUCCGAAGACGUAGAAACGGUCCUCGAAAUGAUGCCUACCAUAACAAUGGAAAUCACAUGUGAGACGGAGGGCGAAGAGGGAAUCCAAGAAGGCGACAUUGCAACUAUGCAAGCCUGGGUCACACUCAAGCGCGGGAACGGCCUCACUGUGGCCCUUCCCCAUGCUCCCUACUUCCCCUUCCAGAAGGAGGAAAACUACUGGCUUCUGCUAGCAGACCCCGUGUCCAGUGAAGUGUGGGUGUCUCAGAAGAUCAGCUUCACAGAUGAGGCAACGGCCGUAACUGCCGCGUCGAAAGCCAUUCAGGAGUCAAAAGAAGGGUCGGGGACCAAUUUGAAGGAGAUAAGUUUGGCGGUUAAGGCAGCGGUUGAGAAGGUGAAGGGCGGGUCCAGACUCGUGAUGGGGAAAUUCCGGGCCCCAGCUGAGGGGAAUUACAACUUGACGUGUUACUGCUUGUGCGAUUCUUGGAUUGGAUGUGAUUUCAAGAUGAGCAUGAAGGUGAGGGUUUUGAAACAGAGCAGAGCGGGGAUGAGGGUUGGAGCUGGGGUGGUUGUGGAGGAGGGACCAGUUGUGGAGGAUGGGGUUGAAGAGGAAGAGGAGGAGGAAGAAGAGGAGUAUGAUGAUUAUGAGAGUGAGUAUAGCGAGGAUGAAGAGGAGGUUAAGGAUGUGAAGAAGAGCACAGACGUUGUAGCUAAUGGUCAAGAUAGUGGUUCAGGCUCCGACCGGUCAGGUGGCGAGGAAGAUUAAGACCAUAUUCUCCUUUCUUUUUGUUUUGUUUUGUUUUUUUGUUUUUGUUUUGCUUGCUUAUGGUGAUAAUGAAAUCAUUUUUCACCGUGCUAAUACGUAGUUACUCUUGCAAUUACUGUACUUCCACAGUUAUAGUUAACAUGAUUAUGAUAUGCCCUGUUGAAGUCUACGCA